AUGUUGGUCACAGGAAAACCGUCACCGACCGACAGCUGCUCACAUGUUUGCCUUUCCGUUGCAUCUGGAAGUACUGCGUCGGGGAGGGUCUUGCUUAGGAAGAAUUUCCCCAUGUGGAUCCGUUUGCGGCGCCAUCGACCGACGAUGGUUUUGAACAUGAUUGGUGAUGCAGAGAUUCAGGCCGUACUACAAUCCCAUCCUCUUAUCAAGAUGAACGCAGAUGCGAGUGUGGAUACCCGGGAUGAGAAGCUUUUCAGAUCCGAUUCUCAACUACUAGAGACGCAAAACAAUCAGCUGGCUCUACUGCACUCCGCGGAGGUCCUGUUCCGGGGAUGA